UGAGGCAUGGUUUUGACAUUUACAGUCAGAGCAGAAUACGAUGACAAAUGAUACAGAUGAAAUAAUAAGAAUACAGAUUAGUAUUCCUGAGUGAGCAGGGGCCAGUGACAAUCAAGAAUCCUGAAUCCGGUAUCUGGCUCCACGUUUUGCCGUGUGCCAGUGGAGUCCGUGGAAGAUGCCGAGAUCGCUGCAGAGGAGCUCUAAACGCACAGCUUAACACCAGCGCUGGGGAGAUCGUCUCCUCUCCUCUCCACUCCUCUGCUUUGGGGGAGGCCACGGGAAAGAGAGACAGCAGAGAGGCAGAGAUAGGGGGGAACAACGUAAAAACGGGAAAAGACACAGGACUUUUUUUUUUUUCAGACUGCUUGGACUAUCAGCCUGUGUGUGUGUGUGAUUUCUCUCUCUCUCAUAACUAUCUUCUGGUUUUCUGGGAUGGUUUGAAGAAGACUUGUAUGUGAUGCUUCCUGCACAGAGACCAGCAGUAUUCCUCCUGGUCACCACCCCGAGAUUUCAAUGAGGAUAGUAGCCUCACUCCAACCAGGAACAUGAAGGGCUUAUCAGGUGGUCGUGCAAUGCACCAGAUUCCAACACUGCCCCCAUGUGGACUGGUGGAGUGCGAGCAUCUCCAUGACCUGCACGGCAUGCAUGUGUCCGAUCUACGCCACUCCUACCUGCUCAGCCCCACGGAGGCCUACGCCAUGGACUUCCAUCACCGUCUGUCCCCCCGCAGCUCCAUUCACUCCGACUGUAUGAUCAUGUCACCCGUGGCGCUAACUUCAACUGCCCCUGCCGACCAUAUCUCCAGCAGCACCUUUCCCAGAAUGCACUACAAUUCACAGUACUAUGACCCAGCUGCCCGGGAAGACUGUGCAGCCAUCACCACCUCAGCCACAUCCGCCGCUCCUGCUGCAACAUCGGCCUCUCACCGCAACAGCAGCAAGAGCAACCGCAUCCCCGCAAACCUGCUGGACCAGUUCGAAAAACAGUUUCCACUUCAUCGCGAUGGCUUCCACACACUCCAGUACCAACGCACAUCUGCCAGCCCUGGUGGGGAGCAGCGAAGUGAGAGCCCCGGUCGUAUCCGACACCUGGUGCACUCUGUCCAGAAGCUCUUCACCAAGUCCCACUCACUGGAGGGAUCGUCCAAGAUGAAUGGCACCAAAGGUGACAGUGGAGGUGGGGGAAGCCAUCACCAUCACCACGGCAAUCAUCACUCAUCCAAGCACGGCAGCAAGCGCAGUAAAAGCAAGGAGCGCAGGCACCGGUCAGGGACGGGGGGCUGGUGGAGCUCGGAUGACAACCUAGAUAGUGAUAGCACCUACCGCACAGCCAGCGCCUUGAGCCGCCACCAUCAUGAGCACGUAGGUCACAGUUUCCCAGAAUCCAUGCACACUCAUUUUGGAGACCACUCACUCAAAACCUCCAAAAGCAACAAUGAUGUCAAGUGUUCAGCCUGCGAGGGCCUGUCCAUGGCACCUGAUGGAAAGUUCAUGAAGAGAAGUUCCUGGUCAACACUCACUGUCAGCCAGGCCAAGGAGGCCUAUCGAAAGUCCUCCCUUAACCUAGAGAAGCCCAUGAUGCAUCAGGACCUUAAACCAUCAUUCCGGUCCUCACACUACCUACAGGUGCCUCAGGAUGAGUGGGGGGGUUAUCCAGGGAUUGACCAGGAGGAGAUCCCAUGUCGUCGAAUGCGUAGCAGUAGUUACGUCAAAGCCAUGGGAGACGAUGAUAGUGGUGAGUCUGAUACCAGCCCCAAGACAUCACCUCAGAAGACUGUGCGGUCUGAUGCUCUUGUCCUCAAAUCAGCCAUGCAGAGGCCACACAUAGACACCCAAAGCUCUGGCUACCACUUACAGACAACGAGAGAUAUGCGCCCUCAUCCCAGCGUGUCUCUGGAUCCAGCAACCAACUUCAACCCCCCACAAUAUCGCUCCAGAAACCAGAGCUACAUGCGCGCAGUCAGUACCUUCAGUCAGGCAAGCUGUGUCAGCCAGGUGAGUGAGACUGAGGUCAAUGGCCAGUUUGAGUCAGUUUGCGAGUCCGUUUUUAGCGAAGUAGAAUCCCAGGCCGUGGAGGCCUUGGACCUGCCCAGCUCUUUCCGCACUCGAAGCCACAGUUACCUGCGUGCAAUUCAGGCUGGGUAUUCCCAAGAUGACGACUGCUUGCCUUCAAUGACAUCCUCUACUGUCACUUCAACUCUCAGAUCCACAACAGGGGCCCGUAGCUUAGCUGGGGGGCGUAUAAUGUACGGGAUCCAGUUUCGUCUCCCUGCUACCUGUAGUGCGGAACGAACAGAAACUCCAACUCCAGCACCAGUGAUAUAUACACCUGACUACAAGAAGAGCCCUCCACCUGUUCCUCCUCGAUCCACCACUAAGCCGCUAAUUUCUGUAACAGCCCAGAGCAGCACCGAGUCAAUGCAGGAUGGGUACCACGAGGGUCGACCAUCACGGGGAGUGCUUUGGGCACCGGAUAGCCACAGCCGGGUUAUCUACAACUCUGCCGACAGCCUGGAUAGCGCAAAGCCAGUGACCCUAGCAAUGGAAACCACAUCCAAGCGCCUCACUUCUGCGGGGAGCUACAGCUCUGUUCAGACCUGCGAUAAGGCCAUCCUGGUGUCUAAAGCAGAGGAAUACCUCAAGGCUCCACGUUCUUCUAUCGGGAUACAGGUGGAAGCAGCCACAGAUUCUGAGGCUGAUAGUAAAGGUCUUCCACAGUAUCAGUCUGUGGGUAUCCAGGUUGAGGAUGAGAAGAGACUUGGCCGCUUUAAACGGUCCAACAGUGUGACGACGGCGGUUCAGGCCGAUUUGGAGCUGGAGGGGUUUCCAUCGACCGAAGACAAGAGUCUGCAGUUUGGAGGAUUUCAACGUCAUUCUGAACCCAGUACACCCACACAGUACAACAUGGUUCGGACUGUACGCACACAGGGCCUUUUUAGCUACCGUGAGGAUUACAGGCCCUCCAGUGGGCCGCCCAGUCCGCAGCCUGAACCCUGGCUGGUGGAGCCCGCUCUUGAAGCAGCCGAGUCCGGCCGCGUGUCGCCACUCCGCCGCGAUGGCAGCUGGUUCAUGCAGCUUCUGCACAGAGAGACUAAACGUAUGGAGGGCUGGUGCAAAGACAUGGAGCGUGAGGCGGAGGAGCACGACCUGUCGGAGGAGAUUCUUGGGAAGAUCCGGAGUGCUGUGGGCAGCGCUCACCUCCUAAUGUCCCAGAAAUUCCAGCAGUUUUACUGGUUGUGUCAGCAGAAUUUGGACCCCAGCGCUAUGCCGCGCCCCACGGCUCAGGACCUGGCUGGCUUCUGGGAUCUUCUGCAGCUCUCCAUAGAUGAUGUCACUGCCAAGUUUGAUGAGCUGCAGCAAAUCAAGAGUAAUGAGUGGAGGAUAGUGGAGAGUCCUGAGAAGAAGGAAAGAAAAUGGCCACCUCCUGUUACAAAGAGGCCUCCUAAAGGUCGAGGAGCUGUCAUGCGUGAGCGAUCCUUGGAUCUGCAGGACCGUCAGAGGCAAGAGGCCCGCCGUAGGCUCCUAGCUGCAAAACGGGCUGCGUCGUUCCGUCAGAGCUCAGUUACAGAGCGGGCCGACAGCAUAGAGAUCUACAUCCCUGAAGCCCAAACACGUUUAUGAAACACGCAUAACAACAGGGUCCAUCUAUUCUGCUCCAUGUCACUGCUCCGCCCGUACACAUUCUCACAUCUGUUACAGUAUUCUUCCUCUGCUCAUCAUCUACUCUGAGCUGAGAAUAGUGGUGAGUUUCUAUAUGCCUCAAACAGAGCUCAAUGCAAAGAGGUCAUGGCAGUCUAUGCACUCCGAGGCCUGCAGCUACUGCAACCCAGUUUGUAUUUCAGUUUUAGUUCAUUCAGAGGCCAAAACUAAGGCUUUAUUCACACUGCGCACAAAUCUGAAUUGGUUUUCACAUCCAACUUUUAGGACCCAAUUAGGAUGUGGUUUCAAUAGUAGUGAUAUAAGUACCAAUCCCUUCAUGAGAUGUGUGAGAGCAAUUAGCUCAUAUUAGCAAUUAUUAUAUUAACGUUCAUGCAAAUACUGUGUACAAAGACCACUGACUCAUUCACUCACUAUUCACGACAUGAAUUUUAUGUAGCCAUAGAGGAAUGUUGAUGGAACAUUAUAUUUUAAAUGCUUUAAAUGUUCUCUCG